AAGAGAAGAAGAAGAGAUAUAAUUGACGUUUCUCGUUGCUCGCUAAAUUCAGCUAAGUCGUUGAUCCUUUCGCCUUUCGGCUUCUCGCCUCGUGCAUCGACAGUUUCUUUUUUUUCACUUUGUUCGAACACUGUAGAAAAGAGCGGCACGAUGACGGACAAUCAAUACUCCAAUUAUCAGCAACAAGGAUAUAAUCAGUACAGUCAACCACCACCUUCGGCUGGUCAGGAUACAUCGUAUCCACCUCCCUCUGCAGGCACAGGUGGCUACAAUCAGUAUAGUCAACCACCUCCGAGUACUGGCACCAAUUAUGGCAGUUAUGGUAGCUACGGCUCUGGUCAAGAUUACAAUCAGUCUCAAAGUCAAGGAAGUUAUGGACAGAAUUACAGCGGAGGUGGUAAUGCGGGUGGUGGAGAUAGCGGUAACAAUUACGGUGGAAAUUAUGGACAUGGAAGUAGUGGAGGAGGUGGUGGAGGAGGAUAUAAUCGUAAUUCUGGUGGUGGCUAUAGUGGAGGCCAAGGAGGUGGCGGCGGAGGCGGUAGAUAUGGCGAUCGUGGUGGUUAUGGAGAUCGCUCCGGUAGUGGUUACAACAGUGGCGGUGGCCGUGGUGGUUAUAACAAAGGAGGCUACGGUGACCGUAACAGCAGCGGUGGUGAUGGAAUGGUUACCCAAGAGGAUACUAUCUUUGUAUCCGGUAUGGAUCCUUCAAUCUCCGAGGAAGAAAUUUGUCAACAUUUCGGUGCAAUCGGUGUGAUCAAACACGACAAGCGCACGGGCAAACCGAAAGUUUGGAUGUACAAGGAUAAAAAUACAGGAAAGUCGAAGGGAGAGGCGACAGUCACUUAUGAUGAUCAGAACGCCGCGCGUUCGGCCAUUAGCUGGUUCGACGGCAAGGAAUUUAAGGGAUGCACCAUAAAAGUACAAAUGGCGCAGCAUAAAAGUAGCUGGCAGGGUAAUCGAAUGGGCGGUGGUCGUGGUGGCGGUGGUCGCGGUCGCGGAGGCGGCGGUUUUGGUGGUCGCGGUGGUGGUGAUCGCGAUGAUCAUCACCGUGGAGGUGGCGACGAUCGUCGCGAUGGCGGAGGCCGUGGAGGCGACUGGAGAUGUCCGAAUCCCGAUUGCGGCAAUACAAAUUUCGCUUGGCGAGAUCAAUGUAAUCUCUGCAAAAGCUUAAAACCGGAGGGUCUCGGUUACGGCGGUGGCGGUGGUGGUAGAGGCGGUGGUGGUGGUCGAGGUGGUGGUGAUCGCGGAAGCCGAGGAGGAUUCAGAAACGAUCGAGGCGGACGUGGAGGUGACAGGGGUGGAAGAGGUGGCGGCGGUGGUUUCCGAGGUGGAGACCGAGGAGGCCGCGGAGGCGGUCGAGGUGGUCCUAUGAGAGGAGGCGGCGGUCGAGGCGAUAGGGACAGGGAUCGUCAGCGACCAUAUUAAUUUGAUAUUCGUAUAUAGUCGUACGACUGUCACUAAACGACUUAUACACAUUUUGUACACACAGUUUCAAUGCUUGUACAUUUCGCUAAGUGAUAAUCACUUCUUCAUGUCAUAUACUUUUUACUUUCUUUUUUUUGCGUAUAAUUUUUUAUAUUCAUUGAAGAUACGAACUUAUAUGUACAAUUAUAUGUUCGUGUAUGCAAAACUAUUAUUCCUAUAUAAAAUCAAAUCCAGUAGAAAAUAAUAAGUAAGGCUUAAUGUUGCAUAAGCAUGUAACUGAUUAUUUAUCACCCGCUGUCAUUUAAAUAAAAUAUCUCAUAAAAUUAAAAGAGA